GGUCCGGGCGCCUGCUCGGUGCCGCUGGCAGAAGCAGUCGUCUCCACUGCCGGGACGGGCCUGGGCAGAUGGCUGCCUGGGGGUGCCGAGCACUCGGAGGACCAGCCUGUGUGCCGGAGUAGGGCUUCGCUGUAGGGCUCGCUCGCAUGUGGAUUAACUCCAGAGGUUUUAGGGGAUACUUGGGAAAGCAUGGUGGCUCAUGAUGAGAUUGGAGGUCUCCUGCCUAUUAAAAGGACUAUCCGAGUCCUGGAUGUUAAUAAUCAGUCCUUCAGAGAACAAGAGGAGCCAAGCAAUAAAAGAGUUCGACCUCUCGCCCGGGUCACAUCCUUGGCAAACUUGAUCUCUCCUGUAAGAAAUGGAGCAGUCCGACGCUUUGGUCAAACAAUUCAGUCAUUUACCCUUCGUGGUGACAGCAGAUCCCCGGCUUCUGCCCAGAAGUCAUCGAGCAGAUCAACAGCCCCCACACCUUCCAAAAGGAGAAGCAGUGUGCUAUGGUCCGAGAUGCUGGACGUCAGCAUGAAGGAGUCUUUAACUACCAAAGAAAUCAAACGUCAGGAGGCAAUAUAUGAAAUGUCCCGAGGUGAACAGGAUUUAAUUGAGGAUCUCAAGCUUGCAAGAAAGGCCUACCAUGACCCCAUGUUAAAGCUGUCUAUUAUGUCAGAGGAGGAACUCACCCAGAUAUUUGGUGAUUUGGACGCUUAUAUACCUCUCCAUGAAGAUCUGUUGGCAAGAAUAGCAGAAGCAACGAAACCUGGUGGAACAGUGGAGCAGAUCGGUCACGUUCUUGUGAACUGGUUGCCGGGCCUGAAUGCCUACAAAGGCUACUGUAGUAACCAGUUGGCGGCCAAAGUUCUUCUUGAUCAGAAGAAACAGGACCCGAGAGUCCAAGACUUCCUCCAGCGGUGUCUUGAGUCUCCCUUCAGUCGAAAACUAGAUCUUUGGAGCUUCCUAGAUAUUCCUCGAAGCCGCCUGGUCAAAUACCCUUUGCUAUUAAAAGAAAUUCUUAGACACACUCCAAAAGACCACCCUGAUAUUCAGCUUCUGGAGGAAGCUAUACUGAUAAUACAAGGAGUUCUCUCUGAUAUCAACUUGAAGAAAGGCGAAUCGGAAUGCCAGUAUUACAUUGACAAACUGGAGUAUCUGGACGAAAAGCAGAAGGACCCUAGAAUUGAAGCAAGCAAAGUGCUGCUGUGCCACGGGGAACUGAAGAAUAAAAGUGGACAUAAACUGCACAUAUUCCUGUUUCAAGACAUCUUGGUUUUGACGCGGCCUGUUACACGAAAUGAGCGUCACUCUUACCAGGUUUAUCGGCAGCCGAUCCCCGUCCAAGAGCUGGUCUUGGAAGACCUGCAGGAUGGAGACGUGCGAAUGGGAGGGUCCUUUCGAGGGGCUUUCGGCAACUCAGACAAAGCUAAAAAUAUCUUUCGAGUUCGCUUCCAAGACCCGUGUCCGGGCCAGUCCCACACCCUGCAGGCCAACGACGUGUUCCACAAGCAGCAGUGGUUCAACUGCAUCCGCACCGCCAUCGCGCCCUUCCAGCCGGCCGCCGGCGCACCCCAGCCGCCCGCAGAGGGUGAGGAGAACACCCCCGCCGCCGCCGGGACCGCCGCGCUCCAGAGAAGGGCGUCCGUGGCCUCCGGUGUGACUCAGGUGGAAGUCGGCGGAGACGCUCCGGAGUGCGGCUCCCCGGGGCGCGCGCCAGAUGACACGAAGGGUGCGAGAGCUCAGCAGACACGGUCCGGCUUCCGGAAGGCGAGGGACACAGCCCCGUUCGGUGGCAAACGGAAAGAGACUUUGGUAUAAAGGAAGUUCUGUGUAUUCACUGGUGGAGAGACUGUUUAUUUAUAAAUGUGUACAGUUUUUUUCGUGUAAUGUGAGCGUGGGAGCGUCGCAGGGCUACUACUUACGGCCGGUCCUAGCAUUUUCUGUGUUUUCGGUUGGUUUUGGUUGUUGUUCCUUUUUUUUUUUUUUUUUUUUUUAAUGGCAGCUAAAGAUAUACGCAGAUUACUGUUAAACUGUAGGCCCCCCCCUUUUUUUUAAAGAUGUUUUCCUCAGAUUAUUUAGAAUAUGCAAGCCUGGUAUUUUUAAUCAAAUGAAAUAUUUAUGAAAUGGAUUUUCUCUUUAUUCUGCAUUCAUCGUGACUUUCUAAUACCAACCAAUUGUGAUAUUUACAAUAUUUGCUAAAACCUAAAGUUUUGCAAAUACGGGAUUUUACCAGUGUUUCUUUGAUAAACUUUACAUGCAACUAAAAUCUAUGUGGAAUAUGUUUGUAAUAUUUUAGAACUUAACACUGAAACAUAAAUUCCUUGGAAAACAAACCAUAAGACUUAAUUAAGUUUUCCAUUGUAUCAACUGGAAUGCUUUAUAUUUGUUUUUCACUGCACAUUCCUCAUUUUUCAUCCAUUUAAACUGCCAAAUACUUAAUUUUUUUUAAUUUGUAAAGUAGUUUUUAGUAUUUGCUUUGAUUUUUUUUUACUUCAGUGCUUUUGCCUUUUCAAUUGGCAUGUCUUUAAAGUAUUCUUCCUCUUUGAUUAAAAAUGUGUGUAUGUGUGUGUGUGUGUGUGUGUAUAUAUAUAUAUAUACAUAUAUAUAUCUUUUUUUUAAAUCAGUGACUUUACCAAGUGAAACCAAGCCAUACUGUUUUUGAGCCAAUUAAGAAAAUUGCAGUUUUUUGAAGUGUAGCAUUCAGAGUGGAGACCACACAUGAAAUGACUCCAUAUAUACUGAAAGAAAACUGCCAUAAGGAUUUUGUUAAAAGUUUUAGUGUUGUCUGAAAAGCAAGAGGGAAGGCAACUGACCGGUAAUAAGUUUAAAAAAAAAAAAAAAAGGGUCUAAGAGAGUAGUUUUGUCUUAAAGUAAAAAUGUCUGGUUGUUCCAGAACAUGAAAGGAGAUAGUAAAAGCUAAACUCGAGGGUGUGUAGUAAGUUGUAGAAGGCUUGGGGGAAGUGAAUUUAAUUUGCCUUGGUUUACGGGUUUGAGAAGAAGCAAUGAAAUGUGUGAACAUUUGACCAUAUUAGAUCAGUUCUGGUGGAUUUAUUCAUAAGAGGGAAAACGACUGAUGGAUCUUUUACUGUAAAAUGUUUCUUGUUCAGAUGAGGCCAUAGUCUUUAAGCCCUGUGUCAUGGCAGAUUUCUAAUGGUGAUCAAUUCCAGUAAAUGUUGACUAUUAUGUGAACUAUAUCUGGCCAGUGGAAAUGAAAAUUGAAAAAGGCUGUAAAUAGAUAAUCCAAAUGAUGUCUCUGUAUAAAUGAAUUAUACAAUUAAAAAAAAAAAGCACACACACAAUCACCUUCAAAGGUUUCUUGGCUGGUGGAUGUUGGGGGAUAUUUGCCAGGAAAUGCUGGUACAGCAAAGAGAUAAUGGCAAGCCUCACAAAAGUUUCUAAAAUUCGUAUAUAACCAAACCUUUGAAAUGCACUGGGGAGUAAGGGAAAGAUUGAAUUAUAAGGUCAAAUUUUGUGCAUCUUCUUACACCAUUUAGAAUGCAGUGUAAUCAGAAAUAGCUGUUGGAUUGAAGAUAGGUGGACAUCUGGCCACUUUCUGGAUAUAAUAGUAAAGCUAAUAGCAAAGCAUCCUGAUGCAUUUCAGAUUUUGUCUUUUUUAAAGAAUGUUUUUUAAUGUUUAUUUUUGAGAGAGAUGGUGCGAGCAGGUGAGGGGCAGCGAGGGAGACAGCUGAUUCAGAUUUUAAUUUAAGCAUCUCAGGUUUCUAACUCUGGAAAUGCAAAGUCAAAAGUAUAGGUUACACCAACAGUCACGAUCUAAAAAGAAAGCAAGAUUUCGGAUCAUUUCUAGAGAUGUUCUAUAGAAUAUCAUUCCUUCCAGAAUCACCUUGAUCAGCUUCUGAAGUUACAGAGACAAGUUCAAAUGCUGUUAAUGGAACGAUUUUUUAUCAAAAACUGUUAUCUCCCUUUGGUUCACUCAAGGGAGAAAAUAAGACUCAGAAGCUGUAAUGAACACUUCAGAAAUUACAUCUGUAUUUGAGACCAUUUGAUGAUCUAGCCCAGUAGUUCUAAAACCAGUUUGGGCAUCAGAAUCACCCAGGAGUGGUUUUAAAAAAUAUAUAAAGGUAAGUGGACCUAUCCCCUAACUCCUCCCUGUACAAACACCCAUUUCGCUGACUCAAUAUCUUGGGGGGGGAAAGGGUGGUAAGAGUGAAGGCUGAUGACUUACAUUUGUAAACAUUCCCUCCUAGUACUUCUGAUACAGAGAAUGCCUUGGGUCAGCACUUAGUAAUCGCUGAUCUGGCCAAAAGAUGUUAUGUAAAUGAUCUGUAAUCAGUAUGGGCAUAUAUCAAACUUUUGGUUUGCCUUAAAAUAUUCAGGGUCUGUUAAGUAAGUGGUAUUUCUUUUCUUUCCUAAUUUUCUUCAGUUAGUGUGCUUCUAUACUUUGAGCAAAGUUAGUCUUUGCCUGGGAAAGUCUUUUUAAACUCGGUGCUCAGUCUCAGGAUGUAUGCACACAAGGUGGUAAGGGAAACUAAGGCCCCUGAAUUGACUCUAGCAGUGCGUGGGAAGCCAGCAUCAUUAAAUCACCCUUGAGUCUGUAAGACUGACGUUUCCUCAACCGAGUCAGGUGGCGGGUUAUUUUCGUGCCAGCGAGAUUUCUGUUCAGUGCUUUUCUCUGUGUGCAGAUCGAGCACAGUACUUGGUUAUUAAAUAUAUAGAGAACCCUCA